AUGAUGAGGCGGAGACGCCAUGAGAUUCAAGAGGCGGCAGUAGAAGGUUCAAGCGGUGGCGGCGGUGUCUUCAAUCCAGUGACGGUGGUGUCUUCAAUUCGGUGGUGGUGUCGUCUUCAAUCGGUGGCGGCGGUGUCGUCUUCAAUCACAGCGUUGAACCUCAUCCAACUCGACUCCAAAUUUAGUUUCUUUCGGUCCUCCCGCAGCGGUGUCCUCGAUCUCUGUGCCGCCCCUGGCGGUUUUAUGCAGGUUGCCGUCCAGCGUGUUCCUGAUGGAACCCUCGUUGUUGGCAUCGAUCUCCUGCCUAUUCCCCCUAUUCCCGGAGCCAUUAGUGUAGAAGAAGAUAUAAGCAAGCCUCAAUGCAAGGCAACGAUCAAGAAGCUAAUGGAGGAGCAUGAAUGCUUAGCUUUUGAUUUGGUGCUGCUUGAUGGUUCAUCCAACGUUAGGGGUGAUUCGGCUCAAGAGGCCACUGACCAGCUGAAUGCUCUGUUUAUCGAUUCUGUCAAGCUCGCUACUGAAUUCUUAGCACCAAAAGGGACAUUUGUGACUAAGGUUUGCAGGUCUCAAGAUUAUACUACUGUACUCUACUGUCUUAGACAGGUUAUCUCCUUUCUUUCUUAA